AAAAAUAUCUCCGCCAGGCCGACCAUAAGAGGAGCCCCAAAAAUUCCGUUCAUUAAAGCUUCGGAACGGAGGCGGAUCAGUAAGUUGCUCCAGUUGUCCUAAUCCUUCAUCGCGUUCUUCGGCGGCCGUCGAUGGCGCAACCAGUGGCUACGUCGGCUACGGAGGCUACGCCGGCUACGCCGGCGAGGCAAAGGCAGCAGGGAGGGUUUGGCCAGACGGUGACCGGAAUAAUCCGGAUGGCGGUUAUGUGGUACUUCGCCAUGAAAUUCUUCUCACCAAAGAAGCCCGCUGACCCCUCGCAGCUUAUGUCCAACCUCUUCCAAAAGGGAGAGCCACUGGAUAUGUGGUUAUAUCUUUCUGACCAACAAAUAUUCAAUGACUUUGGAAAUGAUGGUGCCCUUUUGUGGCAUGAAACAAAUAUUCCAUAUGCUGUCUGGGGGCAAGGAAGUAGUAGGUCCCUUUCUCUCCAGUAUACUCCAUCCGAGGCAUUAAAACACAAUGGGAGCCUUUAUGCUCAUGUUUUCUUUGCUCACUCGGGGUACCCACCAGAUCCUAAUGAUUCUGAAUAUCAGCCACGAUAUGCUUUUUCUAGGACCCAUCCUGUUGUGGUGUACUAUCCCAAGUCCAAGUCAGGCAAAAGAAGAAGCUUGCUUAAUUCAAAGCAAUCUGAAGAGGAUAUUUUGGACCUAGAGGUCAAGGAUGAUAUCCAGUCCGAUUCCAAGGAUGAGGGUAGCGUUGAAUGGAUUUCUUAUUGGAAACCAAAUAUUACAAUUAAUCUUGUAGAUGACUUCAAUCGGUACUCUUAUAAUGCUAUUCCACCAAAUGUUGCUGGAUAUUUGAACAUCGAUCUAACAACGAAGAACUAUUACCCAAUAAUCUACUUCAAUGAGUUUUGGCUCCUGAGAGAGAAACUCAUACCUCUCAAUGAUACUGUGAAAGAACUACCUCUUCACCUAGAAGUAGGACCAAUCAGCUCAACUAAGUGGCAAUUUUUCUUACAGAUUGAGCAAUCAUUCCAGAUUCACCGAAGUUAUGGAAGUAUGGUUGAAGGGGAGGCUGAUCAACUUAAGAGGGUCUUCUUGGAAGGGAACCCCUAUCUCCUGGUGGUAACAAUGGUUGUAUCUGUGCUGCAUUCUUUAUUCGAUUUUCUGGCAUUCAAGAAUGACAUUCAGUUUUGGAAUAAAAACAAGUCUAUGGAAGGAUUGUCUGCAAAGUCGGUUGUUGUGAGCUUUAUCAGUCAGCUGAUUGUUUUCCUUUACCUUUUUGACAAUGAUACUUCAUGGAUGAUUCUUGCUAGCUCUGGCAUUGGUUGCUGCAUUGAAUUCUGGAAAAUUGGAAAAGCUAUGCACAUUGAGAUUGACAGGAGUGGGAGGAUUCCUAUGUUGCGAUUCCGUGACCGCGAAUCAUAUACAAAAAACAAAACCAAGGAAUAUGAUGACAUUGCUAUGAAAUACCUUUCCUAUGUUCUUUUCUUUCUUGCGAUUUGCUUUUCCAUCUAUUCACUGAUGUAUGAGCAGCACAAGAGCUGGUAUUCCUGGAUACUUUCGUCCCUCACUAGCUGUGUCUACAUGUUUGGUUUUAUCAUGAUGUGUCCCCAACUUUUUAUAAACUACAAAAUGAAAUCAGUUGCUCAUCUUCCCUGGAGGCAAAUGACAUACAAAUUCCUCAACACAAUCAUUGAUGAUCUUUUUGCAUUUGUCAUAAAAAUGCCAACACUGCACCGCCUAUCAGUGUUCCGAGAUGAUGUGAUCUUCUUGAUAUAUCUCUACCAGAGAUGGAUUUAUCCUGUAGAUAAGGCACGAGUGAACGAGUUUGGCUUUGGUGGUGAAGAAGAUAAAUCACUUGUCAAUGGCUCUGCUAAUGAAGCAGAUAGCAAUGCAACAGAUGAGAACAGCAAGAAGACCAAUUGAGUAACUGGUUUUUUCUAACAGCUUUCAAAUUGACUUUUUGGAAUAUUCACGUUUCUAUAUUGCUUUCAUCCAGUAAGUGAGUGAAAUAUUGCUAUAUACGUUUUACUCUUAUCGCAGCAUUACUAGCCGUUGUGGUAGUCUUUCAUUUCAACCCUUUUCUUUGCUUGAUUUUAUAAUUUCCUCUAGUUUUCAUUAGUUUGUCAUUUUUGUUUUUUGAAAAUUUUCCUGGUGUAACAUCUGGACAGCAAACUUUGUGAUGAAAUUAAUUAUUUCUGUGUAAUUCUACAAAUUAAUUUUCUUA